AUCUGAACGCUGCUCAUCAAUUUCCUUUAAUCUAUUUUCAAGUGCCUUCGUCUACUCAAUUCGUUCCUAUAUCAGACCGGCUUGGUUCAACUUUCAUUUCAUUCAACGCAUUGCUCCUUUUCCAAAAAAACAAGCAGGUCUUUAUCCUUGGCUUAUAAUCCACUGUCCACACAUCUAAAACGGUACUUUGUUCAUUUCCUCAUUUAUCGCACGGCACAUAUAUUUGCGCAAGCUACCGUCAAUCGCACUCCACUCUUUAGUUAUCGUAUUUUUUCAUUGCAAUCACUAUCUUUAUUUGGCUCUUUUGCCUCUUGCUAAAUCAUUUCACCAGCUCGACCAUCUUUCAUCGUCAACUAUCUCCAAUAUGCUCGCACAACUUGCGCGAAGCUCGUGGUUAUUGUUUGCCAUCUCUACCGUCACCAUCAUCAUGGCCCACGGUUCCGCUGUUGCAGAGAAGAUGAAUGUUUCAAAUUCUAACUCUCUAGUGCACAAUUACUCCGUCCGCAAUGUCCAAACCGACCACUCCCGACUCGUCAAGCAUUCCAAAAAGAAAAAACAUCAUCACCAAUCACACCACCACAAAGCGACCAUCAAGAAAGCUAAAGUGGAGGCCAACGUGGCCCCCACUCUCUCUGUGAAGAAUAGAAGUAAAAAACUCGUCAACCUCAACUACACCCCUGUAGGCAAAGCUGUCGUCUCGGCCGCGUCGGAUGGCUACGUGUCAGCUUCCGGUUCGAAAACUACUUUAUCCAUGGCAUCUUUGACCAGCGCUUGUGGACCUCCUAAGGCUAUCAGUUCAAUCACUCAGAGUGCUGGCCCUAACGGAAGUCAAGAUUUCCUCAACUGCGGUAUCAAUGGCGGUGGUUGGGAACCUGCGCCUGUCAAAAUGGGUAUGAUCAAGACUGUUACUCUCGAAUCCGAACCUGCAAAGAGUACUUUCGCUCCUUGCCAAAAGUUCAACUCUAUCUUUGAGAAAUACGGCCAAAAGUACAAUAUCCCGCCCAUCUUUUUGGCCGCGUUUGCCAUGCAAGAAUCGUCUUGUGACCCAAGUUGUAAAGGUGAUAACGGUGGUGCUUGGGGUUUGAUGCAAAUCACCUCGGAUAAAUGCGGUGGUGCUCCAGGAGGAGAUUGCUCGAACCCGGAUUACAAUAUUGCCAUGGGUGCUAAGACAUUUGCAGAUGGUCUUUCCGCUUCCGGUGGGAAUGUCCUACUUGCGCUCGGAGCUUAUAACGGUUGGAGUAAGGGUCUAACCCAUGGCCAAGCCGUCGCAGCCAAACAAACUGGUUGUUGCGUUUGUCAACAGAACCUUGAUUACCUUCAACAAUUCCUUAACGGAUGGGUCCUUGGUGUCGAUCCUUACCAGAAAAAUCUAGGUAUGGUCCACAACUUGGACUCUUGCGCUGAUCAAUCCUAGUUCUGGUCUUUAUCGACCAAAUCAUUGGAUUCUUCAUAUCCUCGAAGAAAAGUUUGGCCUUGUAUACAAGUGCUGUAUAUCGAUUUUCCAUUUGUUUAGCAUCUUUAGUACUGUUUCUCAUUGGGCUUGUACCCACUUGUAUAGAGUCUUGAUGGACCAUUGAGAAUCCUUUGUGUCAUUUCAAUCCCGUUCAUUUUCAAUUUCGUUCAUCAUGUUGAGCACAGAUCGCAUCUUUGUGAAACCUUGGACAUUGUGCAACUUCUUUCCACGAAUGAAAUUGCUUUCUAGACAUCGCG